AGGAGCAAGAACCAUUAGUGCUCACGUAGUUGCAUGUGUGUGUAUAACUAUGUGUACACAGUGUGAGUUUCCUUUGCCUUGACCUCAUUUCCACGCUCUAUCACACUCAUGCACCACAAAGAAAAGCAAACGAGACUUCAUAACGUUCGAAAUUUCUGCCCUUUUACGGUGCCAAUGCAUUGAAUGAGUGUGGCGGCGGAGGUGGCGACGGCGGCGGCGGCGGCGGCGGCGGCGGCGGCGGCGGCGGCGGCGAUGGCGGGAGGAGGUGGUGGUGGAGGAGCAGGUGGAGGGGUGUGCGGGCCGGCGCCUCCCCAUCGACUCACCCAGCACGGGGAGAGAAGGAAUGUAGUACCAAGUAUAUUUAUUUUCAUCGACGGCCAAGGAAGGGCGAGCAUAUUUACAUUCUGAUCAAAGGAAUGCAAAUUUCCUCUGAAAAAUUGUUGACACUUGGCGUGGGUGCUUGUGAGUGGGUGUUCUCCCGCCGCGCCGCCUGUCACCACUGCCAACACUACCCGGCGCCGGCAUAAUAUGGAGUUUCCAUUCCCCUCGAGUCUUGUCAAUCAAUGAAACCGCUCCAUGAUUGGCCGCUAGUCAGCAAAGGGGGCCGCGUUGGCGCGCUCAUUGGCUCCUCGGGGAAGGGGGUGUGGCCACUGGGCGGGCUUAUCGACCACUCACAAGUGAUACUCUUGUUCUCUAGCGCAGUGUUCUCGCUGGGUUCUUAUAUUAUUAACUUUCUACCUUUACAUGUUCAUUUUUAACCAACUUUAUUUUCCAGGUCCGGGUGGAUCCGUCUUACCGUCUGCGUCGCCUGCAGGAAAACUGAUUGAGGGAACACUCAGCACAACCUUGCCCAAGAUGAAGGAGAUGGCGGGAUGCUGCACCGAGCGCGUUCCAGUGCGCAGAUGCCACGGAGCAAAUCAGGGGCUGUCGCUAACUGCCAUUUUAUAUGUGAACUACACGCUGUUUAGCAUAGGCAGCCUCCACACCCCACUGUGAUCUCUUCUGCAAUUGUUACUCCUGGCGGUAUGGACUGAACCCCGUGAUACCUACACUAGUUAAUUAGUGGCCACACUGGAAAAGGACGCAGUAUUGAGGCAUUUACAGUGGUUUUACCUGGCGGAGUGACUGUUCCUAAGGCGGCGGUGACAUAGACUAGAGGUGAUCGGCCUGCGGGCGGCGGCUGCGGCAUGGUGAUCGGCCCCGGCUGGUGACUCACCGCCCGCACGCCCGCGCCAUGAUGGAACGUGGCACCGUGCAUGUGUCGGCGCCCUCCCUCCACGCCCACGCCCACAUGACGGCCCUCACGGCUCCCACACUGCCCCAGCGCUCGCCCUUCGCCAUCCAAGAGCUGCUGGGGCUGGGGUCCCAGUCUGACUCGCCCCCGGCCCCGCCCGCCUCCUCUUCCUUCGGGGCUGGCGGCUCCCUAGGGGCAGCGCCCCACCUCUUAUACUCGCGCCACGCCGCCCUCGCCGCCCACCAGCAGCACUCGCUAUUCCCAGACUCCCGCCAUGUCUGGAUGAACCCCGCCCUUUUGCCCGGCAUGGGCGUGGGAGGGCUGGGCGGCCCUGUCACGCCCGUCACCAUGAACAGCGGCAUGCCCCCAAUGCUGGGCCUCCGACCCGACGCCCACGCCGCUCAUCCCGACGCCCACAGCCCAGGGUUGGAUUCCUCGGAUUCCACAAGCAAGCUCUUCGAUGGACAGAACGUCAGUCUUGGGAAGAAGAAAAAGAAGAAACGAAGACACAGUCGCACCAUCUUUACGUCCUUCCAACUGGAGGAGCUAGAGAAGGCCUUCAAGGAGUCACACUACCCUGAUGUCUACGCCCGGGAGAUGCUGUCCCUUAAAACCGACCUUCCUGAGGACCGGAUACAGGUGUGGUUCCAGAACCGUCGAGCGAAGUGGCGCAAGACGGAGAAGACGUGGGGCAAGAGCACCAUCAUGGCGGAGUACGGCCUGUACGGCGCCAUGGUGCGACACUCCCUGCCGCUGCCGGAUACGAUCAUGAAGUCCGUAGACAACGGAGAGGAGUGCCCGGCCCCCUGGCUCCUAGGGAUGCAUCGAAAGAGCAUGGAGGCAGCGCAGACGCUGCAGGAGUCAGAGGCGGAUGGGGAAGCCAGCGAUGGGCGGGAGGAGCCUCAGCUACACAAGUCGCAGCAGCCUCCGCAGCUUCAGCCUUCCUCAGGAGAGCAGCAGACAGAGCAGCAAGAGCAGAACCAGCAACAGCAACAACAGCAGCAGCAGCAGCAGCAGCAGCAGCAGCAGCAGCAGCAGCAGCAGCAGCAGCAGCAGCAACAACAACAGCAACAGCAGCAACAGCAACAGCAACAACAGCAACAACAGCAGCAGCAGCAGCAGCAGGGCCAUCCUGGAGAGCACAGUGGGGACCCUGAGUCGGUCUUCCUGCGGGAUUCCUCACACUUCCCGAUGGACAAGGACGUGGGCGGCAACAGCUUCGUAGGGUCACGAGCCGAGGGUAGCGGGGCCAGUUUCAACGGCAGGGGUCCAUCCCAAGCCAGCCAGAGUCCCAUCCAGGACGACCUCCGCUCCAGCAGCAUCGCGGCGCUGCGGCAGAAGGCGCAGGAGCACGCCGCCAGGAUGAGCAUCAACAACAACCUGGCGGGCCUGCACCAUCCUGACCCCCUCCACCACCACCACCACCACCACCAUCACCUCGGUGGUCACUUCUGAUCCACAGUGACAGCGUCUCCACCACCUCCAACACCCACACCCUCUCCACCCCCUCCUCAAUUGGAACCACUACCACUACUAUCACCAAAACGGCCACUUUGAUCCACCAUAGUAGCGACCAAUGUCUCCUACGCACACUCACCGCUGCCACACCCCUAUACACCACACCGCCAGCUCUUCAAACCCCCAGUCCACUUCUGCAUAAGUUAAAGCUGGUGUAUUUGCCGCCUCCCGACAAAGAAAAAAAGAAAAAAAUACCUCCCUCGACUCUUCCCUCCACCUGCCACUUCCCCAGCUGGCACGGACGACAGGUGGGUGGAUGGCUGGCUCUGCAAUCAGCAGUUAAUCUCCAGGACA